AGGCACCCACCCGCGCCGAGCAGCCCACCCACCCGCGCUUGGGCACAUGGCCGUGGCCGCGUCGCGGCCCGUCGCGCCCCUGGCGGCGCCCGCCGCGGUUGGCCUGCUGGCCGCCUCCCCCAGCCGCCCCCGCGCGCGCGGGAGGGCGCCCGCCGCCGGCGCGCGGCGUCCCGCGUGCGCGGAGGAGGCCAGCCGCUGGCGCCCGCUGCUGGCCGGCCUGGGGUGCGUGCUCGUGCGCGGGCUCGCCGGCCCGCGGGCCGCUCGGCCGAUGGCGCCGGCUGCAGUGGCCGCGUCUUGGCGGGGAGGCGGUGGCGUGGCGCUGCGGGCUGGUGGCGCGGAGGAACCUCUGCGCCGCCCGCUUCCCGGUAGCGGCCCGCUGCCGCCGCCGCUGCGAGCGCGCGACGGGCUCGUUGAGGGGGCGCCGCCGGAGGACGUGUUCACGUGGGACACGGUCUCCAGCAGGAUGCCCAAGAUCAUGGACUCCGUGAUCGACUCGCUGCCCGAGGGCCUCCGCAGCGAGGCGUCGCUUGUGGCGGCCAUCCGGGAGCUGCAGGGCGAGAUGAGAGAGGGCAAGCCUCUCAAGCUCUUGGAGCCCACUGGCCUCUGCCUCAGCUGGCCACCGAUCCUUGGCUGCAGUUGUGAUCCUGGCGACUGGGUUGUUCAUCAUACUCCUGCUCCCCUCGUCCUCUCCC